AUGUUACUGCUUAAGCAACAAAUCCCGGAUCUCCUGACUCAGGUGCCACUGCGGGGAAUAGCACUUGAUUACAAAGGCGAGCUAAAACUGCAUUUGCAUGAAGAGUGUUUUAUGGCGGGAUAUCAUUUCUUCUACAAAGGGGACAAAGUACGUGACGGCAAAUUUUUGCUGCAAAGAAACCUGCGCAUUCAAUUUUUGCAGAUAGGGAAAAAGCAUUUAUGGUGUGACAAAAUAAUGUAUAACUUCCAAGAAGGAAUCGGUCAAUUCGGAUUCUCAGGAUAUUCUGAUAAGGAGUCGUCAAUCUGCGUUCGAGACGUGGAUCGAGCAGCUCAGCCAUGUCACGGAAUGUACGGAGCGCCAUUAAUAUGUCAAGGAAAAGUAGUUGCAAUGCUAAUGGCACCGGAUGCUCAGUGGAAGAACUGCACCGGUUACAGUAACCUCGUCCACCUUUUGAACAGCGAACACUUAAGAGGCUUCAUGAAUUGUGUCAACAGACUUAAAAUGCCUUUACAAAAUGCGAGAAUAAACAAACUCAAGAAUAUUUCUAGAAGACUGCUUGAGGACACACAAGAUGAUAAAGAAGAAUUCAAAAAAAGAAAGUGUCAUGGUAUCCAGAAUGAACCUGUUCAUUUAGAAAGCGCAAAUACACCAACGACACACCAGACCUCCAAAAAUCAUUGUGAAUCAACUCGCAAUGAAGAAGACGUUAACCAAAAUGCAAAUGAAGAUAUUUCUAACCACAAUCUUGGAUUUAAUAUUGUGCCUUCCCAAGAAAUCACACCUAAAGAUCACCAGAAAGCUGAACAGGUUUCUUAUUACCUUACCUAA